ACAGCUUCUCUGCAGCACAUCAGAAAGGGAACUCAUAUGGACAGGAAGCCUGUGAGUGAGCGAGAGACAGAGAGAGAGAGAGGGGGUGAAAAAAGGCAACGCCUGCUUUAAGGCAAAACAGAAUACAUGAAGGAUCCGUUUAUGACACAUACAGCGACCGAGCUCCUUUUUUAACUGAGUGGACUGUUCCAUCUGUGAACUAUCAGGGCAGAAUGUCACGACGGGACCAGAGGUUUCGCAGGGGAAUGAAAGGACGGUGUUCUGAGUGCAGCUGUAUCCUGUCCCACUGGUACUAUGAAAGAGAGGGGCAGCUCUACUGUAAGAAGCACUACUGGGCCCGCUAUGGAGAGCACUGCCACGGCUGCAGGGAGAGCAUUACAACGGGACUGAUUAUGGUUGCUGGAGAACAGAAGUACCACCCUGAAUGCUUCACCUGUGUGAGCUGUGAAAUCUUUAUCGGCGAUGGGGAAACCUACACGCUUGUUGAACGCACCAAACUCUACUGCGGCCACUGUUUCAGCCAGAGCGUGGAAUCUACUACACGGUCAGCUUCUCCACUCAGCAAGAGUACCCACAUGGUGGCAUUGGUGUCGUUCCCUCCCCAUGAAGGAGGCCGAAGAGGCCUGACUGUAGCCACUGACCUCAGCCAAGAGAAGGGCCUUCUUGUCACUGUGACAGGGUUAGACUCAGACGCCCUCAGCAUUGAGAUGCCGUCCUCUAUACACACCGGGGACCGAGUAUUAGAGGUCAAUGGGAUACCUGUCUGCAGCAUUUCAGUAGAAGAAAUAAACUGUGUGAUGCAGGACACGAGUAAACCCCUGCAGCUGACCAUCGAGCACAACCCUCAGUUAUCUGACAGCCUCCCUCCCUCAACCAAAGCUCCUGAAGAGGUCAGCUGUCUCGAACCCUGCGUCCACACCAAACUCAAUGCAGCACACAAACUCCCAAGUCUGGAGGAAGAGCCGAGUCAAGAGGAGGAGACGGGUGAAUCACACAGAUUGAGCCUUUCCCCGCCUCAGCAACCAGGGACGACGGGAAUACGAUCCAGACACAUUCAGCGCAGCUGCAGUAUAGAUAAGUGUCCAUUGUUCCCUGGAGCCCUUCCACUUUUAUCUCAAAGAAGAGACAUGGUUCGCUCUGAGUCCCUUCGAGUAGACCCUGGAGAUCGCACCCAUCGCAUCUUCAGACCCUCAGACCUCAUCCACGGAGAGGUGCUAGGCAAAGGCUUCUUCGGACAAGCCGUGAAGGUAACACAUCAGGAGACAGGCGAGGUGAUGGUGAUGAAAGAGCUGAUAAGGUUUGAUGAAGAGACGCACAAGACUUUCCUGAAGGAGGUGAAGGUGAUGCGCUGUCUGGAUCAUCCAAAUGUCCUGAAGUUCAUUGGAUUGUUUUACAAAGACAAACGAAUCAACUUUGUCUCUGAAUACAUCAAAGGAGGAACUCUCCGAGAGACCAUCAUUAAAAUGGACAAGGAGUUCCCCUGGAGGACAAGGGUUGGUUACGCCAAAGACAUAGCAGCUGGAAUGGCUUAUCUACACUCCAUGAACGUGAUCCAUCGAGAUCUAAACUCACACAACUGCCUGGUCAGAGAGAACCAGACUGUAGUCGUAGCAGACUUUGGACUAGCCAGGCUGGUGAUGGAAGAGAAGAAUCAGAGCCGAGUAUCCUCUCUGGAAAGGCCGGCGAAAGGGAGUCUGACAGAGCUCCGCAAGCCUGAUCGGAGGAAGCGGUACACUGUGGUGGGAAACCCUUACUGGAUGGCCCCUGAGAUGAUCCAUGGGAAAAGUUAUGAUGAAAGAGUGGAUGUCUUCUCCUUUGGUAUUAUGAUCUGUGAGGUAAUAGGAAGAGUGAGUGCAGACCCGGACUUCCUUCCCCGUUCAAACGACUUUGGCCUAAAUGUGGCAGGUUUCCUGCAGCAGUACCAUCCUCCUCUGUGCCCGUCCGCUUUCCUGCCUUUAGCGGUCCUCUGCUGUGACAUGGACGCUGAUAAACGUCCAUCGUUUUCAAAGCUGGAGGAGUGGCUGGGAAACCUGCUCAUGCACCUGGACAUCGGACUGCCUCUACCCUCUGAAUUUGAACAGCUUCGUAAAGCCUUCUGGAACAAUCAGAACCACCAGCACCACUCUCCCAACCUGGACACCACUCCUGACUCUCAUGAACGAACCCACGGGUCACCGAAACAAAGCCCUGACACUAAGUCACGUUCAGACAAUACCGUGAAUCACAUAGAGCGGAAUCAUCUCACUCAGAGUGCUGAUCAGGGCAGCACACCUAAGAGCCACAUGGACAAAGACAGACACACACAGGACCACCACGACGUAAAGACUGAGAACAAAGAACCGUGUUCGGGGAGAAAGUGUGAUGGCCAGUUGUGCAAAUCUACAAGCAAAGACUCGUGUAAGAACGGAUUUGAAACUAGUAAACACAGCAACCCCUCAGGACAACCAAACGCCAAGAAUGAGCCCUCAAAACCGCUUCAGGUCAACAACUCACAGCUGGACCAGUCCAGCGGGUCCAGGAGGAGCUGCAGUGUUCAGUGGGACGGCACCAGAGAGGACAACUCUUUUCUCUGACUGCUGAACAUUAGAGCUAAGGCUGGGUAAACCUGUGAAGGACAGUUUUGAGUGAAGACGUGUGUGCCUUUUUACUCAUCAGGAAGCAACUUCAAGUAAUUCAGCUGAAUCUGAAGGAAAACUGCAUCUUCAGUAAAAACUGAGGUGCAGAAUUAAAUCUGCCUUAUAUCAAUCUGUCAAGAAGUAUUUAUGUGGUUUCAACCAGAGCUCAACUGAUAGUGGAUUUACCAAAAUAACAUACAAACUUCAGCAUUCAAUUUAUGACAACAAUAAUAAUAAUACUAUUAAUAAUAAACUGGGGGCUGCAGUGGGUAGCGCUGUGGCCUAACGGCGAGAAGGUUCCUGGUUGGAGUCCCUGGUCCGGCAGGUGCCUUUCUGUGUAGAGUUUGCAUGUUCUCCUUGUGCAUGCGUGGGUUCUCACCGGGUACUCCAGCUUCCUCCCACAGUCCAAAAACAUGCUGACCAGGUUAAUGGGUCACUCUAAAUUACCCGUUUGUGUGAGUGUGUGCACGAAUGGUUGUCUGUCUUUCCAUGUUUGCUCUGUGAUAGGUUGGCGACCUGUCCAGGGUGUACCCUGCCUUCCGCCGGAAGUCAGCUGGGAUUGGCUCCAGCCAACCAGUACGGGAUAAGCAGUCAAGAUAAUGGAUAGAUGGAUGGAUAAUAAACUGUAUUUAUAAAGCACUUUUCUUAACAAAGUUACAGAGUGCUUCACAACAGAAAAUGCAGAAAUAUACAAAGCAAAUAAAAACAGGACAGGAAGCAGAAACAGGAUGUCAGAAUGCAGAAAAAUAGCCAUGAUUUAGGGGUGGAGAAAGGCCUUCUUAUAUGAAAAGGUUUUGAGCGAGGGUUUAAAAGCAGCUAAGGUUCUGGACUGUCUAAUUGUUAAUGGCAGAGAGCUCCACAGUCUUGGAGCUCUAACUCAGAAAGCCUGGUCACCUUUAGUUAUAAGGAGCUGCAUCCACAGAUCUGAGAGCCCACUCAGGCACAUAUGGGGUUAAAAGAUCUCUUAAAUAGUUUGGAGCCUGUUCAUUUAAAGUUUUAAAAGUAAUCAAUAAAAUCUUAAAAUCAACACGAGACAAAACGGGCAACCAAUGUAAGCUGGCGAGCACAGGAGACAUGUAUUUGGUUGUGCCUGUUAAAAUCAGAGCAGCAGCAUUUUGAACUAGCUGGAGUCUGUGCAGGGAGCUCUGACUGAUACCUGUUAAAACUGCAUUACAAUAAUUAAAGGGUGAAUGACUUUGGACGGAUCAGAGGGGGGGAGGAAUGAUCUUGCUUUGGAGAUUUGCUUGAGAUGGAAAAAAAUGGAGUGUCGAGGCAGAGAUCUGAGUCAAAUGUCCCUCCCACUUGUGAUGUUAUUGUUCAGGGGACUGAGUUUGUGAUGAAGGGUGAAGGAGUGAGAACGACCAAAAAUAUGAUUUCAGAUUUGUCAGUAGAAGUAUAGAAGAAAGUAUAGAGUUUUUGAUGAGGAUUCUAUGAUUCCUUUUGUGAAAUGAGUAUCUAAAUGACCUCAAACUAAUCCUUGUCUUGUUCUGGAGCCUUCAGACAACAUGUUUGAUGAUUGUUAUUAUUGGUAAAUCCACGGGUUGAGCUCUGGUGUCACCUUUGUCCAGAAGCUGUGAGACACGAGGCACUUUAUACUUUAAGCUACACUGUAAGCCGGUUAUUUAUCGGGAUGCCUUCAUGUAUUUUCUGUUAUAUUUUUUACAUACAAACUGAGCUGUGAACACUUCAACAUAUGGCUACAACUGUAGUCAACUAACUAAAUACAAUGACUUUUUAAAAAUGAUACAUAUAAAGUAAAAAUCUAAAAUUGAGAGGAUUCAAUUAAAACAUUACUGAGAAUUAAUUGACUUAUUUUUCUACUCAAUUUUCAUCAACCUGAUUUUCAAAUGCAGUCCGUUACCAAGCUAGAGCACACAGUAGUGUAUAACACAUUGAAAUGAAGAGCUGUGUGUGAAGCAGGUAAACACUCACCUGUUGAGGGUGUGUCAGGUUCCUCUGAGAUGGAAACUUCUGUCUGAUUGUUCUUUUUUUUCAAUAAAAGUUGCUGUUAUGGA